AUGGACAUGUUCAUUUACACGAUGAAACUAGUUCACAUAAGCUUUGCCAGUUGGUGUGAACCGCACAUGUUCAUGAGCUCCAAAGUUAAUCAAAGUUCUCUCCGGCUUGUAAGAUUUCUCACUAGAGGGUCACAUCUUAAGAUCUCUCCGGCUUACCCAUUGAUAGACUACGCAAGAAAGUUCGCCAAGUCGAGAAGUGGAGAGAAUUCAAAUCCAAAGCUGCCAAAGUAUUGUGAUGACGGUGACGAUUUGGACGCGAUUCCAGUGGAUCGAAUUAGUGAUUUACCGGAAGCAAUUAUUUGCCACAUUCUUUCUUUCUUGCCGACAAAAGAGGUCGUAGCGACAAGCUUUUUGUCCAAGAGUUGGAAAGACCAAUGGACUAAAGUCACCAACCUCGAAUUUGAUGAUAGAGACGGGGUUGGUGGCGCUAUUACUAUAGGGAUCAAGAAGAACCUGAUUCCCCAAAGCCUGGUGGUGCUGGUGUCAUGA